UGUUCCGCGAAAGUACUUGUAGUCACUGUGUGCAUUUCAAAGUAAAACGAUCAUUUAUCUGACCACGGCUAUCUGCAUUACCCCAAUAAAAUGUCUGACCAAGUGCGUUCAUUUUGUGAAAUUAAGGAGUUUGGCAAGUUUUUGGAAAAAUGUUUGAACCAAAAAGUGUUGGAUUAUACAUUAAAAUCUCUGACGAAGCCAGGUGAUAAUUAUGGCAGCAUUAUGCAGUCAGUCGAUGUGGAAGUAAUUGGAGAGAGUGAUACUGAAGAAAGUGAAAUAUUACAUUUGGUUAGUAAAACAGCGGUAACGAAUCCAUAUUUGAUCGAAAUAUUUCAACCAGCCUUCACUUUCGUCAAAGAAACCCACUUUUAUUCGGAUAUUAUUCCGGCGAUUGAGAUUUUCGAAACGAUGAAAAAUGUCCCGAAAACAGAUCGAAUCGAUGCAUUCAUUCCAUGUCCUGGCUCAAGAAUCUCAUUGAAUCCAGACGCAUCAUGUGCCGAUGCUGAUGCAGUUUUAUUGCUUGAAAACAUCAAAUUUCAAAAUUACGUCAAUGAAGAUAGGCACAUUGGAUUUGAUACCGAAACAACAAUGGCAAUUUUAAAAACACUAGCACAGUUCCAUGCACAUUGCAUCGCAAUCAGACGUAUGCAACCAGAGUUGUUUGAUGCUAAAAUAAGCCCAUACUUGAAAGCGGUCAACCUGUGUCCAGACGAUAAUGACACCAAACUUGUCGAUGGCCUUUGCAAUGAGCUGAAAUUCGUUGAUGACUUGGAUCCGGAGUUUCGCAUUGCAAUUGAAGAACAGCUGAAAAUUUGCGAUAAAUUCGGCAGAGAUACAACGCGUACGGCGGACACACCGUACACUACAAUUGUCCAUAGAGACCUAUGGACGAAUAACAUUAUGAUUAAAAAGGAUGAUAUAGACGUCUCGGUCAUAAAAGUAAAAAUUUAUGACUUCCAGCUGUAUUUCUAUCAGACGUUUGUCUGCGACUUGAUCUUCUUUUUGCUUACGAGCGUUCGCAGCAAUGAUUUGACGAAACAUUUCAAGCUGUUCAUUCGUCAGUAUCAUUUGGAAUUUGUCAAUACAAUGAAAUUGGUGAACUGCCCAUGCGAUGAUUAUACAUUCGAUAAGAUGUGGAAUGAAAUCAAAGAGAAAUCCAAACUUGAAUUGUACCACUCACUUUUUAUGAUUAAAGUAGUGGCGGUGGACGAGAGUGAAACUCCUUUGUCGCUGGAUGAUGUUACACCGGACACCUUUUUGACAGAUGAAUCACCGUCGAAAGCUAUUUUGAAUAGAUGGAAGUGCAUUCUUGCUAUAUUCAAAGACAACGGCCUCAUCUAAUAUGCUUUAGAUUCGUAAUAAUUGAAUCUCAUUUGAUAUUAAAUAUCAUACAUAUGUUAUCAUUGUUAUGUAUUUAAAAAUUCAUCCAAAGCAUUAUUGAGUUUACAACAUUGCAUUAAAAGUAUAUUUAUGUUGUUAUAAAUGAAUAUUUACCAUUUUACAUUCUGUUUCUCCUAUGUUACUUUAGCACAAUAAAAUUAGUUCCAUGACAAUCACAGCCUUGAACAGACAAUCA